AUCCGUUAUAACCACGCUUGGGAUAAUCAGUGGUUUCGAAUACGUUGAACGGUUUAGAUGUAGUACAUUCAUACACUGAAAUGUGUUGUGAUUUAGCCUGAAGGAGUACUUACAAGACCCAGCAAUCGAAGAAGCUAUGUCGCUAGACAACACUAUUACACCACACGAAGUGAAAGUGGAGUGUUAUAGCUUACAGCAAGUACACCCUAUGACCCCAGAUGCUCAGUUUAGAUUAUCGUGUGUUCCAGACAUCAAGGGCAAUGUAGACAUGCCUGACUGUGGCAAUAAUGGAAAUGAGAAGUUAUAUAUUCGUGUGAAGAAAGAUGAAAAGAUUGAUGUCAAUCAGCUGUGGAUGAAAACAAAAUACGUGCUGAAUAUUGAUAAUAGAAUGCCAGAUAACGUGUACUGUAUUAUGUCAUAUGAUGACGAGAUUGGUACUCCGAUACGAAUGACAGCGUUUCUGAAAUUAGUUGUGCAAGCAGCCUUACAUACUGGAGCCAUUAUUUUUACCAGUGGACUAAGCAGGGGGGUAACCAAACGCCUAUGUAAUGUCCUGGAACAUGAGAAAAUGAAGUAUAAAGGAAUGUGUUUGAAGAACGAUGUUUAUAUAGUUGCUAUUAUAGCAGAAAGUAAGAUAAAAGAUUUUAUAUUCUGUACAAAUGAAGAAGAGAAAUAUGUCACCUACACUUAUACGGGAACUGAAACUAAUAUGAUGAGUGAACCGUUUGAUAUGCGACACGAUUUGUUCAUCCUCGUUGAGGAUGGUGAUUCGAAUGAAGAUAACCUGUCACGAACAAGUCGUCUUGCACAAGAGCUGGCCGAAUAUCUCAAAAAAACAUACACAGACAAUGUCCCCCAAACCGAAUGUCGGCCAGUAGCUGUGACGUGGUUCUUUCUCCAAGGUGGAGAAAGUGAAUUAAUAGCUGCUUACAAUGCGUUCAGAAAAGGGAUCCGUCUCCUAGCAACAUAUGGCGAUGGGGGAAAGACAGCCGAAAUACUUGCAUUUAUAGCAACGCAAAAAUCAGUGACAGAAAACCAAAUUAAAGGUAUGGUCAAGAGUACCUUCUGUGACGACAACACAGACGUUGAUAUGUGUGUUCAACUGCUGAAAGAUAUUUUAACAUUGAAUGACUCUAAAGAUGAGAACCACAAGAUAAUAACUUGCGGAAUCGAUCAUCACAAACAGAAGAUACUUAAAAAUGGACUUAUUAAAGACGGUGAAAGGCGUAUCAUAGACGGUGAAAUGCGUAUCAUAGACGGUGAAAGGCGUAUCAUAGACGGUGAAAGGCGUAUCAUAGACGGUGAAAGGCGUAUCAUAGACGGUGAAAUGCGUAUCAUAGACGAUGAAAGGCGUAUCAUAGACGGUGAAAGGCGUAUCAUAGACGGUGAAAGGCGUAUCAUAGACGGUGAAAUGCGUAUCAUCGACGGUGAAAUGCGUAUCAUAGACGGUGAAAUGCGUAUCAUAGACGGUGAAAGGCCGUCCUGUAGUUCAGAUCACGCUACUCUCCUUCUCAUGACCCUGUGGGAUAUCAACACAGAAGAUGCGGAGUAUAUGCUGGAAAAUAAUAUCACUAAGCAAUGUAUAUCAUAUAAGACAAUUAUGAUGUCAGCGUUGGUUUUGGGCAAAGCGUCGUUCCUGGAGAUUUGUCUUGAGAAUGGUAUGCCACUGCAACCAUUCUGCGACAAGACUACAUUAGGACAUCUUUAUAGAAGUGUGUUGUUCUACAAUGAAUUGAUUGAAGAUGACACUUCACUGUUACGACUUGUUAAACGUAAACUAAAUUUGAAUAAAUCAGGGAAUGACGACCUUCUGUUGUGUAAAGUAGCAGACUUUGCUGCACGUCUAACAAGAGGAGUAUUCCACCCAAACUAUAUCGAUUUGUCCGAAUACACACCAUCAGUGAAAGACCUCUAUGUGUGGGCUCUAUUGUGCGGAAGGUACGAAAUGGCUAAGUUACUAUGGAACAUUGCUCCAGAUCACAUUGCUCUUGCCCUAUUGGGCUCAAGAAUUUUACGAAGCUUGAGUAAGUUUGCUUCAAAAUAUGAAGAAAGGCAUCUUGGUGAAGAUUUGGAAGAACAGGGAAUAGAAUUUGAGAAUUUAGCUAGCAAUGCCAUUCAAGUGUGCUACCAAAAGGAUACGGAGAAAUCCCACAAGUUGCUACAUAAACCAAUCUGCAAUCUCAACAAAAACCACAAAUUCACAUGCCUGACGCUAGCAUGGGCAUGUCAUGCCAUGAAAUUCAUAUCGAUGAGUUGUUGCCAGACCAAACUGACUCGGAUAUGGAACCAAGAUUCUGGAAAGAAUGGAGUUGUUGAGGGCAGUGUCCACUUUUUGUCGCCCAAAUUUCAGUUCUUCUUCAAUCUGAUUUCCUAUAUUGACAGAGUUGGAUUACGACGAAAACUGAUUAGUUUCUGUUUCAGGCAGUGGAACGUGAUCAAAGUGACAAUGUUAGCUUUAUUUUGGAUAUCUGUACUUGCACGAAUCGUUGUACCUGACAAUUAUUUUGUGUUCGUACGAGUGCUCUAUAGUUUCACCUUAUGCGCAUCUUACUUGAAUUUACUACCUAUGGGCUUUGCCAAUGACAAACUUGGCCCGAAGCUCGUCAUGAUCAGAGGAAUGGUGAUGGAACUCUUCAUAUUUCUGGUAAUAUUACUCGUGUUUAUUUUUGGUUAUGGUGCCAUGAUGGAAGCACUACUUCACCCGAACAAUCCACACUCCAAAAUGGAAACACUGCCCCAUUUGCUAUACAAGCCCUUUUUCCAAAUUCUUGGAGAUUUAUUGACUGACGAAUAUGAAGGUGAUGACAUUGCAUGUGAAAGUUUAACCAAUGAAGGAUGUAUUAUCCAAGUGUUAAUUCCUAUAUUAACUGGAAUUUAUGUACUCAUCACUAACGUCCUACUUCUCAACCUGUUGAUUGCUGUUUUCAGUUUUUACAUUGAGGAUAUCCAGGCACGUUCAGAAGUAGUGUGGGCUUUUUAUCGAUAUGGACUAAUUAUGGAAUACAAGAACAAAGUACCAUUCUUUCCAUUUGGUUGUCUGUUUUAUUGGCCAUAUCUUAUGUACAAGUGUGUUUCAAGUAAAUGCUAUAAACAGAAACGUUAUACAUCUGUACCUAAAUCAGAGUCGGACUAUGAAUUGGAAAGUUUUGAGCAUCGUGGUGUAAACCAGUGCUGGAGACAAGUAAAAACUGAGGUUACCUCGUAG